AUGACCGCCUAUAAUCAAGGAGGUGAGGCUCCAAGCCUUUCCUCAAACGAAAACAUUCAAGAAAACGUUCCAUCCCAGUCCGAAGUCACCAUCGUCAACUACGACCGCCCCGUCGAAGAAGAUGCUAGGAUGGAGGAAGAGCUCCACGAAUUGGCACGCCGCUACACUACCGCGUCAAACUUUCAAGGAAGCCUUUUUCCUCACCAGCCAGACAGCCCUCUCGAUCCCAGCAGCAAAAAGUUCAAUGCUCGCAAGUGGGCCAAGGCCUUUUACGACCUGAGGGUCGACACCGCCGAGGGUAGUCCGCCCCGGACUACGGGCAUCGCGUUCAAGAACCUCAACGUGCACGGCUUUGGAACGAGCACCGACUUCCAAAAGGAUGUGGGAAAUGCCGUGCUCGAAGUCGGGUCUAUGCUGGGCAAGGUGACGGGCAAGAAACAGCAUCGAAUCGACAUUCUACACAACCUCGAGGGUUUGGUACAGGCCGGAGAGCUGCUGGCAGUGCUCGGGCCUCCCGGCUCGGGUUGUUCAACUUUUCUCAAGACGGUGGCUGGAGAUACGCAUGGCUUCCACGUCGACCCCGAAUCGACCAUCAACUACCAGGGAAUCCAUCCCAAACAGAUGAGGACGUCGUUCCGAGGAGAGGCCAUCUACACCGCCGAAGUCGACAACCACUUUGCCCACCUUACCGUGGGUGACACGCUCUACUUUGCCGCCCGGACUCGAAUGCCCAAGAACAUACCGCCAGGUGUGUCCAAGAAAGAGUACGCGGAGCACCUGAGGGAUGUGACCAUGGCCAUGUUUGGCAUUUCGCACACCAUAAACACCAAGGUUGGAGACGACUUCGUUCGAGGUGUCAGCGGUGGUGAGAGAAAGAGAGUCACCAUCGCCGAGGCGGCUCUGAGCUACUCGCCUCUUCAGUGCUGGGACAACAGCACCAGGGGUCUCGACAGUGCAAACGCCAUUGAGUUUGUCCGCACUUUGCGAACGCAGUCCGACAUCAUGUCCUCCACCUCUGCUGUGGCCAUCUAUCAAGCGCCUCAGGAUGCAUAUGAUCUCUUCCACAAAGUCAUCGUCCUCUACGAAGGCCGCCAGAUCUACUUUGGCCCUACCGGCGAGGCUCGAGCCUAUUUUGAAGAGUUGGGCUUCGUCUGCCCCGACCAGCAAACCACGGCCGACUUUCUCACUUCCAUGACCAGCCACCAAGAACGAAUCGUCCGCCCUGGCUGGGAGGGCAAGACGCCCAGAAGUCCCGACGAGUUUGCGCAAGCUUGGAAGAACAGCCGGCAGCGUGCCGCCCUGAUGGUCGAGAUUGACAACUACAUCGAGCAACACCCUUUCCACGGGCAGGACCUGCAGAAGUUUGCCGAGUCGCGACGAAAGGACCAGUCCAAGAUCCAGAGGGCAAAGUCGCCGUUUACGCUGUCCUUUAUCGAGCAGAUGAGCAUCACGCUGUGGCGCAGCUUGGUCAUGCUCAAAAACGACCCAAGCACCAUGUUGACCUCGCUCUCCACCAACACCUUUCAAGCGCUCAUUAUUGGAAGCAUUUUCUACAACCUGUCCGAAGACACGUCCUCCUUUUUCAAACGUGGUACUCUACUAUUCUUUUUGAUUCUCAUGAACGCAUUCGGCAGCAUCCUGGAGAUCUUGUCGCUGUACUCCAAGCGAAAGAUAGUAGAAAAGCACGCCCGCUACGCUCUUUACCGUCCGUCGGCCGAGGCUCUCUCUGCCAUGAUUGCCGACUUGCCUUAUAAGAUUGUCAACGCCAUCAUCAUGAACUCGAUUCUCUACUUUAUGGGCAACUUACGGAGAGAAGCCGGGGCUUACUUUUUCUUUUUGCUCAUCUCCUUCGCCAUGACCAUGUCAAUGUCCAUGUUGUUCCGCCUGAUUGGUUCCGUCACAAAAACAAUCUCGGCCGCCAUGGCACCUGCCUCCAUCAUCCUGCUCGCCAUUGUUCUCUACACCGGCUACGCCAUCCCCGUGCAGUAUAUGCAGGUCUGGCUUGGGUGGCUGAGGUGGAUCAACCCCGUCUACUACGGACUCGAGAGCGUCAUGCUGAACGAAUUUUUCGGCCGCCAAUUCAUGUGCAAUCAAUUCAUCCCAGCUGGUGGUCCGUACGGUGACGUUCCCUCGGCCAGCCGAGUUUGCACGGCAGUCGGUUCCAUUCCGGGCCAACCUUUUGUCACGGGUGCCGCCUAUCUCGAGUCUUCGUACAACUACCUUGCCGAGCACAAGUGGCGCAACCUGGGAGUCAUCAUCGCCUUCACAAUCCUCUUCAUGGCGAUGCAUCUCGUAGCCACCGAGUACGUCGCCUCGGAGCGUUCAAAGGGCGAGGUCUUGGUGUUUACCCGCAAGGCGUUGAAGGCCCGCAAGCAUCAGGAGAAGUCGGGCAGCGACAUCGAAAUGUCGAACCCGGGCAGGCAGUACAUUGAAGAGAGCGAAGGAUCGCCGGCUGAUAUGGAGAAGCAGACCUCGGUCUUUCAUUGGAAGGAUGUUUGCUACGACAUCAAGAUCAAGGGAGAGCCGCGACGGAUUCUCGACCACGUCGACGGUUGGGUCAAGCCUGGAACCCUCACGGCCCUCAUGGGAGUUUCGGGCGCCGGAAAGACCACGCUGCUGGACGUCUUGGCCAGCCGGGUCACCAUGGGCGUCAUCAGCGGCUCCAUGCUCGUCGACGGACAGGCCCGUGACUCGUCGUUCCAGCGCAAGACGGGCUACGUGCAACAACAAGACCUCCACCUUCACACCUCGACCGCCCGGGAAGCCUUGAGCUUUUCGGCCCUCCUCCGCCAGCCUGCACACUACACCAAAAAGGAAAAGCUCGACUACGUCGAGACGGUCAUCAACAUGCUCGGCAUGGAAGAGUAUGCCGAUGCAGUCAUUGGUUUCCCAGGCGAGGGUCUCAACGUCGAACAGCGAAAGCGUCUGACCAUUGGUGUCGAAUUGGCCGCCCGUCCGCAGCUCCUCCUCUUCCUCGACGAGCCAACGUCCGGUCUUGACAGUCAAACAUCAUGGUCGAUCUGCAACUUGAUGGAAAAGCUUACCCGCAAUGGCCAGGCCAUCCUUUGCACCAUCCACCAGCCAUCUGCGAUUUUGUUCCAGCGUUUUGACAGACUCUUGUUGCUUGCCAAGGGCGGUCGUACGGUCUACUUUGGCGAGAUUGGUAAAAACUCAAAGACUUUGAUGGACUAUUUUGCCCGCAACGGAGGUCCCAAGUGCCCAGAAGGAGCAAAUCCCGCCGAGCACAUGCUCGAGGUCAUUGGAGCGGCCCCCGGAGCACACACCGACAUCGAUUGGCCGGCCGUCUGGCGCGAGAGCCCAGAGUACCAGGGCGUGCAAGCCGAGCUGGCCCGCCUCUCUGGAACCCCAGCGGCCCCAGCAUCGAGCGACAAGACACAGCAGUACGAAUUCGCGGCCGGCAUGGGCGCUCAAAUGAUCCAGGUCACCAAGCGCAUGUUCCAGCAGUACUGGAGGAGUCCUUCUCUCAUCAUGUCCAAGGGGAUCUUGUCCUUUGGAACCGCACUCUUCAUCGGACUUUCGUUCCUCAAUGCCGAAAACUCGAUGCGUGGCCUUCAAAACCAAAUGUUUGGCGUCUUCCUCUUCCUCAGCAUCUUUGGUCAGAUUCUCAACCAGAUCAUGCCCAACUUUGUCAACCAGAGAACAAUGUACGAAGCUCGCGAACGACCAUCAAAAACAUAUUCCUGGCAAUCCUUCAUGUUUGCCAACGUUGCCGUCGAGAUGGCUUGGAACUCGCUCAUGGGCGUUCUAUGCUUCAUCUGUUGGUACUUUCCCAUGGGCCUUUACCGCAACGCUUAUGCCACCGACACAGUUGACAGCCGGGGAGCCACCAUGUUUCUCCAGGUCUGGAUCUUUUUCAUCUUUGUCACCUCUUUUGCCUUUAUGGGCAUUGCAGCGCUCCCGAAUGCCGAAGUGGCCGGCAAUAUUGUCAACCUGUUCGUCAUCAUGAUGUUCUCAUUCUGCGGCGUCCUGGCCGGUCCCACAGACCUCCCUGGCUUCUGGAUCUUCAUGUACCGCGUCAACCCCUUCACCUACGUGGUCGAAAGCUUCUUGGGGACGGGCCUCGCAGACACCAACGUCAUAUGUGCCUCCAACGAGUUUGUCAACUUCAACCCGACCAACGGAACCUGCGGCGAGUACAUGGCACCGUACAUUUCGGCCGCAGGCGGCUACCUGCAAAACCCCAGUGCGACAAGCGACUGCAGCUACUGCGCCAUGGACAAGACCAACACCUUCCUUGCUAGCCUCAACAUCGAUCCCGCCAACACGUGGCGAAACUUUGGGCUCAUGUGGGCGUACAUUGUUUUCAACCUGGCGGCGGCUGUGGCGCUGUACUGGCUUGUCAGGGUGCCCAAGCGCAAGGUCAGGGAGUAA